AUGACAUCCAAUUGCUCACCUGCUUCCGUCAAGAGCUGCCCUCGGCCUUCUUCUGUCUGCUCCGGCAGCAUGAGCUGCCGGCCUGAGCUGUGCCUGGGUUAUGUCUGCCAGCCCAUGACCUGCGUGCCUUCUGUCUGCAUGCCCACCACCUACCGGCCGGCCAGCUGCCUCUCCAGGACCUACCUAUCCAGCUCCUGCCGGCCCAGCAGCUGCCGGCCAACCAAUAGCAUCUCCAGCUCCAUGGGUACCUGCAACUGGUACUGCGAAGGGACCUUCAAUGGCAGCGAGAAGGAGACCAUGCAGGUCCUGAACGACCGGCUGGCCAGCUACCUGGAGAAGGUGCGCCAGUUGGAGCAGGAGAAUGCCAGCCUGGAGAGCAAGAUCCAAGAAGCCUGCCAGUCCCAAGUGCCCAACGUAUUUCCUGACUACCAGUCUUAUUUCAGGACCAUUGAGGAGCUCCAGCAGAAGAUUCUGUGCUCCAAGGCAGAGAACGCCAGGAUGGUGGUGCACAUCGAUAAUGCCAAGCUGGCCGCUGAUGACUUCAGGACCAAGUACGAGAUGGAGCUGGCCCUGCGGCAGCUGGUGGAGGCCGACACCAACGGCCUGCGCAGGGUCCUGGACGAGCUGACCCUGUGCAAGGCUGACCUGGAGGCCCAGGUGGAGUCCCUGAAGGAGGAGCUGCUCUGCCUCAAGAAGAAUCAUGAGCAGGAAGUCAGUGCCCUCCGAUGCCAGCUUGGGGACCGCCUUAACAUUGAGGUGGACGCCGUACCCCCUGUGGAUCUGAAUAGGAUGCUAGAAGAGAUGCGGUGUCAGUACGAGAUGGUGGUGGAGACCAACCGUAGAGACGUGGAGGCAUGGUUCAACAUGCAGAUGGAGGAGCUUAAUCAGCAGGUGGCCACGAGCUCUGAGCAGCUCCAGACAUACCAGUCAGACAUCAUUGAUCUGAGACGAACAGUCAACACGCUGGAGAUUGAGCUGCAGGCCCAGCACCGCCUGAGAGACUCUCUGGAGAACACACUGACAGAGACAGAGGCCCGCUACAGCUCCCAGCUGGCCCAGAUGCAGUGCCUGAUCACCAACGUGGAGGGCCAGCUGGCUGAGAUCCGGGCUGACCUGGAACGGCAGAACCGGGAGUACCAGGUGCUGCUGGAUGUCCGGGCCCGGUUGGAGUGUGAGAUCAGCACGUACCGAGGCCUGCUGGAGAGUGAGGACUGCAAAUUGCCCUGUAAUCCAUGCUCCACAAACUCAUGUCCACAUUGUGUGCCCUCUCCCAGUGUGCCCUGCACAGUCUGUGUGCCCCGCGCUGCCUGUGUACCUUGCGUGCCCUGCCCCCCAGGCCGCUACUGA